AUGAACCUGAGCCAGCCACGAGGAGGGGGCGACGGGGCUCAAUCAGAUGGCGGGGACGUGAAUUAUUCAGAUUAUGACAGCUCCGAUUACCCGCUGACCCGGAUUCGCCCCGGCGGAAUGCAUCGCUCCCGGAGCCGCGGCGUGGCGCCAUCCAGGGCGGGCCGAAAUUUUAGUCCCGUAUGGGAUUCCAACCCAAAAGACAGAGUGGGUGCAAGGGUUGGUCAGGACACCAUAUGCACCAAGCUCGAGGAACAAUCAGGAUUCGGCAACAGCUUCAUUGAACGCAAGGGCGAUACUCAGUCGCCGGGAGACGCGGAGAUGACGCGCGCGCGGCUCUUGGCCUGCGCGCUGCUGGUGCUAUGCCCGUCUGCCAUCGGGCGCAACGACGACGACUUCGACUUCGACAACAACGAGGAGUUUCAGGUCGAACUCACAGCAAACCAUUCAGAAAUAGCAAAAAAUGGCCUAAGGAGGUUAUGGGGCGUUCCUGAUACAUCGGCCUACGUGGGACACCUUUUCCGGAUGGAAAUACCCAAAGAAGCCUUUUCCGGUGACGUGAUAGCAUAUAAGGUGUACAGCAAAUCGGCGCGGCAGACACCCGGCUGGCUGGCCGUGGACUCGAGGCACGGCCUGAUCAGCGGGCUGCCGCAGCGGGAGCACCUCGGCGCGCACAACUUCGCCGUGGUGGCGCAAGGGCACACGCGCGGCCUCACCGCCACCGACUACUUCACCAUCGAGGUGAAGGACGCGGGGGCGAAACCCCAAUCCAAAUACGGGUCGUGCAGCCACGACGAGAGCAGGCUGAUGCUGGCCAUCCUCAUAGACGGCGCCUUCCAGCAGAUCGCGCCGCGACAACGGAUCCGUGCGCUGAUGGACCUCGCCGCUUUCAUGGCGCUCGACGGGGAUGAGUUUUGGAUGGAGCCAUACAAAGCGGAAACGGCGCGCGCUCACACAGUUCUCAUGAGCGGCGCUGGAACCACACAGCGCAGGCGUAACGACGCCACCACCGCCAUCUAUCUGAAUGUGGGUUGCCGUGACAAGUUGUGGUCCCGGCACAAGGUGCUCGUAGCCGGUCUCCGGGAACAAUCGCGAGAUGGGACCCUGGCCCACUUGAUUCGGCUGCCGGUGCUCGGCUGGCGUCUCGUUGCCAUACGACCCCACAAACCAGUGCUGCGUCCAAAGAGACAGUCAUCGCUCGAUUCCGGCUCUGGCGCGUACGAUACAUACGACGGCGAGGACGACGUGGCCGACUACAGCGGCGACUACGACGACGACGACGAAAACGACGACGACUUCAACAUCGACCCGCUGCCCGACCAAGAAAUGAACAAAGUGAAGAUCACGCCGUACUCGGAGUCGGCGUCAGAAACUAGUGAAGUCAGUAGGACGCUAGAUUCGAAUGUCGUCGAAUCGCGGAAGCUCGGCCACUCGCCCGUGAUCAUUUCACCGGACGACAUCUCUACCACUACCGAGACCGAAAUGCAAACUGUAAUAAUACGGGCCUCCAACGAACUGCCCCCGGUGUCGUCGGAACCGCCGACGUCACCGUCGCCACCGUCGUCGUCCGAGACCGUACCGACGGAGACGGCCGCGCCCACGACCAGUUCGUCUACGACCGAAUCCACGACGACCACCUCCUCUACGACCACGACCACGACGACGACAACGGCGGCGCCUACGACGAUCGCGACAUCGCCGACCCUACCGCCGACGACCGCGCCCGCGACCACGCCCACCGCCCCGCCCACGACCACUCCGGUACCCGAAACGACCCUGCAGGAGGUUACGAAACAGGACAUGCCUCUCUCGUCCGAGGGCAGCAGCACCAUAGUCGGGCGCACCACGGAGACUGUGACCUUCCCGAUGCCCGUCAACCAGGCCCCGACCCUCAAGUACCACAUGAAGAAGCUCGCCAUCACCGCCGGCAAGGCGUUCAGAUACAUCAUCCCCGCCGAUCUGUUCACCGAUCCAGAGGAAGGCACCAAUCUUACGUUCACAAUGUACGAUUCCGAAAAUGUUCCGCUCAGCAAGGACUCUUGGAUACAGUUCAUUCCCGCGAAGCGCGAAGUCUACGGGCUGCCGCUCGAGUCCCACGUCUCCCGCUGGAACUUCGUGGUGGAGGCGCGCGACAGCGAGGGCCUAGUGGCGAGGGGGCCCCUAGACGUGACCGUGCAGCAGCACCGGGGCGGGCGCACGGUCAACCACCAGUUCGUGAUGCGGUUCAAGCUCGCCGGGGGCUUCGCGAGCGCGGUCGACUGGCAGAUAAGGGCGCUCGAGGGGAUCGUCAACCUUUUCCGCGACACCGACAUGGACCACCUGACGGUGCUGAACGCGACCGCCGACGGCGACCUCUGCGAGUACGCGUGGACCAACGACACGCUGCCGCGGGACCCCUCGUGCCCGAUGGACGACAUCGGACGGCUGAUGAAGAUAAUGGAGUCCGAGACGGAGCCGGGGGCGCCGUCGGCCGCGCUCGCGCGCGCCAUGUCGCCCGAGCUGAAGGUGGCCUCGGUGCGGUGGAGGGGCGCGGGCAGGUGCGCCCCCCCGCCGCGCACCCGCCCCCCGGACACGUACCCGCCCGUCACGCGCAACCAGGUCGACCACCUCACCGCCACCGUGGGCCACCUGCUCGUCUACAAGGUGCCCGAGGACACAUUCUUCGACCCCGAGGACGGGGGCACCCGCAACCUGGCGCUGUCGCUCCGGCGCAGCGACCGCACCGAGCUGCCGCCCACCCACUGGUUGCAGUUCGACGCCCGCAACCAGGAGUUCUACGGGCUGCCCUUGCCCGCAGACGAGGGCACCAUGCACUACCAGCUCAUUGCCGAGGACUCCAGCAAGAAAAGUGCGUACGACAGCCUCAUCGUGGAAGUGGCGAAAGCGCCGACGAUCAGGCCGACCGUGGAGUUCCACAUGACCCUGGACUACGCGUACAACACCAGCCUCCCGAUGGACCGCUGCCCGAAGCGGGAGAUCGAGGAGUUGCGCAAGAUGAUCACCGUGGACGACAGGGGCUCGAUGGGCGGCAACCUCAGGGAGCGGGUGGACCACAUCUUCGACAAGGAGCUGAAAGUGAUGUCCAUCCGGCUGAUAUCGCAGGGCCUGUGCGCCGACCAGAACACGAAGACCCCUAAGGCGGGCGCGGCGCCUGCCGGCGCGGGCUCCAACCCGCGGAACGGCAAGGCGGGCGCCGAGGCGGACUACUCGGACUACCUGGUCACCUUCGUGAUACCGGCCGUGGUGAUAGUCUGCAUGAUAUUGGUCGCCGGCGUGAUCGCCUGCGUGCUGUACAAGAGGCGGCGCACCGGCAAAAUGAGCGUCGGCGACGAGGAGGAGCGGCAGGCGUUCCGGUCCAAGGGCAUUCCGGUCAUCUUCCAGGACGAGUUGGAGGAGAGAGCUGACGCUGAGCCGGUGCACAAGAGCCCCGUGAUCAUGCGCGAGGAGAAGCCGCCCCUGCUGCCCCCCGCGCCCGACUACCGCGGGGGGGAGGACGCGCCGUACCGGCCCCCGCCCCCCUUCGCCGCCUCCCGCACCCCGCCCCGGCCCAAGGCCACCCCCACGUACAGGAAACCGCCCCCGUACGUGCCGCCC